GUGUCUUUUUUGUAUUCCGAUUUAAGCAACGCGAUCGGUUCUGCAGACAUUUGCUAAGUUAUCGGCAUGACUGAAUAAAACAGGACCCAGCAUUGAGCCUUGUGGUACUCCAGUAGACCCAGUGAGAGGCAUUAAAGAAAAAGGAAUUACCUACUUGAACUGCCUGUUUUCUGUCUGGCUGGUUGAAUGUGUUUCAACAGACACUAAAAAUGUUAACAUAAAUUGUCCUGUGCCACCAUUUAGGCUUGUUGUCUAACAAUGGUAGAGUGAAAAUAUCCAAUUGUUAUUGUUUCUUUAUGAAUAAAAUAAAUGUUUCCCUGUUUCAGUGCUCAAUGGAACCCAAAUUAAUGUCAUAAGUAACUCUAAAAUGUGUCCAGUAGUUCCUGUUUUACCAAGUCAAAAUAAUUGCUGCGAAAUGUUAUCUGUGGAUUUUUUUGUGUGUAUUAUUGUACCUAAACUAAAUUAAAUACGGAGUUAAGAAAAAUCUUAGUGAUUUCAUUUUUUAAAAUGGGAGUUGAAUGUAAUGCCUGAUUAAGUCAUCAAAUUGUCCGCACAAAUAUCUCCUGUUUCUGAGCAAUACAAGUGUAAUACAAUGAUGCAAACAACAAAAAAUGUUGCAGUCCAUUAGGCUUGUGUGCACGUGCACACAGAGGAUAGCACUGAACAUCCUUGUAACACUUUUCAAAAUGUUUUACAUCACGGUGAUCUAAUCAGGAGAAUCAGUCCGUCAAAUUUCGGUGUCGCACGCUAUUGGACCGGCCCGACCAGUUCGUGCGACGUGGCCGCACGUCUAUAAAAUAAGAACCACCCGGAGGCUCGCACAGCAGUCGCUGUCUCUCCUGACCGGACCACAUUCGACUUUCACUCAUAGAUCGCAGCCAUGUCUCAUCAGUUGAAUCAACCCAAGCCCUUCACCAUGACCACCAUGACCAGUCUGAACAACCAGUGGAGCUCAGACAUCUGCGACUGCUUCGACGACCUACCCCAAUGUUGUUUUGCCUUCUGGUGCCUUCCGUGCUUCACAUGUAAAGUGUCGCACGACGCCGGCGAGUGCCUUUGUUUGCCGCUGUUGGACGCCUUUGGGGUCAUCCCGCCCAUGACCACUGCCCUCAGGGUGUCCGUACGCCAGCGAUAUGGCAUACAGGGCACCGUUUGCCACGACUGCAUCUACGCUUGCUGCUGCGGCCCAUGCACCUGGUGCCAAAUAUCCCGUGAAAUCCAAGCCAGAAAAAAUCCCAUCACGUUCGUCAACAUGGCGCCCUGAAAAAAAAAAAAUUAUAAUAGAUAGAUAGAUAAACCCUGACGUCCCUCGUCCCUCACGUCAUCACUCAAGCUGAGAGCACAUUCUUGGACUUUGUGUCUUUUUCAGACGGCAAAGCGCUGACAUCUGAUCUGAUCCGAGUACAUCGCCACUCUUGGAAUGUCACCAAACAGCUGAUUGAACUUUAGGAUAUGUCACAUCACGUAGUAAAGCUAGAGACCUGACCUAUGUGUCCUGGCCCAAAAAAAAACAAAAAAAAAAACACUUCAGUCAUGUUAUUGUGAUAGAACAAAACCGAGUCAAUAGAAACAAAAGGAUUAUUUUUAUUAAAAAUAUUUUUAAUAAAGGUGAAAGAUUCCAGUCCA